AUGUCAUUGAGAAUUGCCGUUGUCGGAACUGGAAUCUUUGCCACUGAUACCCAUUUGCCUGCUUUGCAGAAGUUGGACAACAUCUACCAAGUUGUUGGAUGCUACAACAGGACAAAGGCUAAGGCUGAAACUUUUGCUAAGAAAGCUGGAAUUACUAAGGUUUAUGAUUCAUUAGACGAGCUGCUAGCAGAUAAGGACUCAAUUGAUGUCAUUGAUGCUUUGCUCCCGGUUCAAUAUAAUCCCUUAAUCGUUGAGUCUGCUCUUUCUAACGGUAUUCCCAUUGCCAUUGAGAAACCCAUCGCUGCCAAUCUUGAGGAUGCUCACAAAGUGGUUGAAUUAUCCAGAAAAUACCCUGAUACGCCAGUAUUUAUCUUAGAGCAAUGGGCCUACUACAAAUCAAUUGAGUUGAUAAAAAAAGAGUUGCCAAGAAUUGGAAAACUGGUGUCAUUUCAGUACUCUAGUACUGGUGCAUUCAAUUUUAACAACAAAUAUCUAAGCACUGGAUGGAGACAACAUCCCAAACAUAUUGGGGGUUACUUGUCAGAUGGUGGUGUUCAUCAGCUAGCACUUUUAACUGGAAUAUUAGGCCAUAUUAAGUCUGUUUCUGCAAAAACUACUCAAAUCAGAGAGCUCUCUGGAACCGUUGACACUCUUUAUUCGUUGAUGGAAACUGAGAGUGGACUGAUCGGGACUUUCACCUAUGGUUCUUGCUUUGGAAACACUGAGAAAAAGGGUAUUUUCCAGAUUUUAGGAGACAAUGGCUCAAUCUACCUUGAUUUUUCCCCAACCCUUCCAAGCCCAAAGAUUACGAUCAACACAGGAGGCUUUUCAGCUGAAUCGGAGAGAAAGACUGAAGAAAUUCAAGUUGAAAACGAAAAUUUUGAUCCGGUGAGAGAAUUUCAAGUUUUUGGUGAAGGGCUGUUAAAGAAGGAUUAUUCUGGAUACAUCACGACUCCAGAAGUCGCCUUUCAUCAUUUAGCUAUCGUUGAUGCUGCGUUGAAGAGCAAUGGACAAUCAAUUGAUGUCGAAAAGGCUUAG